AGACCCACCUCAGGGAUCUGCAGCUGGGCCCACCUUAGACCCACCUCAGACCCGCCUCUGCGGACAGGCGCGGAAGACCGAGCGGGGAAACAGCUGCGGGACCCGCCUCUGGGGCACACCGCGGCCACCUCAGGUCCCGCGCAGCGAUGGCCCCUCAGGACGCGCGCUGCCUGUGGCAGCUCCUCGCGGCACUCGGGCUAGUGACUGCUGGUACAUCAGCCUUGGAAGUGUUUACACCAAAAGAAAUCUUUGUGGCCAAUGGGACGCAGGGGAAGCUGACAUGCACCUUCAAGUCUACCAAUGUGACAGGCACUCUGACUUCAAUCUCAUGGAGCUUCAAGCCCGAGGGUACAGACAAGGCUAUGUCGUUUUUCCACUACUCUCAAGGCCAAUCAUUUGUUGGCAAUUACCCACCAUUUAAGGACACAGUCACCUGGGCUGGAGACCUCGACAAAAAAGAUGCAUCAAUCAACAUAGAAAAUGUGCAGUUUGUACACAAUGGCACUUAUAUCUGCGAUGUCAAAAACCCCCCUGACAUUGUUGCUCAGCUAGGACACAUUCGGCUCCAUGUUGUGGAGAAAGAGAGUUUGCCAGUGUUUAGGGUGUGGACAGUGGUGGGCAUCAUUUCUGCUGUGGUCCUGGGCCUCACCCUACUCAUUGGCAUGGUCUUGGCUGUGAUGUACAGAAGGAGAAACUCCAAACAGGAUUAUACUGGCUGCAGUACCUCAGAGAGUUUGUCACCAGUUAAGCUGGGUCCAAGGAAGUCCCCUUCCGACACUGAGGGCCUAGUAAAGAGCCUGCCUUCUGGAUCUCACCAGGGCCCAAUCAUAUAUGCACAGUUAGAACAUUCUGGUGGUCAUCACAGUGACAAGAUCAACAAAUCAGAGUCUGUGGUAUAUGCAGAUAUCCGGAAAAACUGAGAGAAGAAACAGAUCAUAUCCUAAGCAGGAAACAAAUUUCAACUGGACUUGUGCAAAGAAUGUAGCCGGUAACCACAUGUGGCUUUGCAAACCUGGGCAUGAACAAGAACAUGUUUAUUCAUGGAGGGAAGAAAAGAUGCUUAUAAGGGAUAUGUAUAAAUAUUCUAUUUAAUCUUCUGAUUGUGGAACCUAUGGUGCAUGGUGAAAUGAUGGUAUGAUUCUACUUUAUAUAAAUAGUUUUGCUGAUUUGUA